GUUGUUGUUGUUGUUGACAGGUAAAAGAUUAAAAUUUAUGAAAAAUCCAAAAAAAAAAAGAAAAGAAAAAGGGAAAAAGAGUUGAUGGGGUGAUGUCAAUGUGCUUGUGUACUCUUCCUCUUUGCUCUUUUCUUUCAACUACUGCUCUUUCUUUCACUUAUAUCUAUCUCCUUCAAAGUUAGGGUUUUUAUGUUUUGACCCUCUUCAAUUCUUGAUUUUUCUUGUUUCAAAUAUGCACCAGCUUUGCUAUGUAGUCUUUUUAGCUUUUUAAUGGAUGUGUGAUUUUUUUUUCUGUUUUUGCUUUUCAUGUGUUGAUUUUUGUUGUUUAAUCUGAAGCUUGUAGGUUUGGAUGAGAGUUGCAGCUUGUUUAUGAGUUAAUUUGAGCUGGAAUUUGGGUUGUUAGUUGUUUCUAUUUUAACUUGGUUUGGUUGUGGGGUUAAUUGGUUUCUCAGAAAGUCAGAAUCUCGAUUAACUGAUUGUUUAAGUUGCUGAUGAAGUUCAUUUCUUGUUUAUAUGGUUGAUCUUCAAGAUUUCAUUUUUUAGAAGUGCCCAUUUCUGAAUUUGCUAUUUUUUGGUUAUAAAGAUUGGUUCUUUGUGCUGAGGGUCUUUCGGAAAUAGCCUCUCAUACCCGAUAAGUUAGAGGUAAGGUCUGCAUACACUCUACCAUCCCAAGACAUGAUUUGUGGGAGUAUAUUUGGUAUGUUGUUGUUGUUGUUGGUUAUAAAGAUUGGUUCUUUGAGCUGAGGGUCUUUCGGAAAUAGCCUCUCAUACCCGAUAAGGUAGAGGUAAGGUUCUUUAUGAUUCCGCCUUGACUAAGAGAAUGCAGAUCUGGAUCUGUUACUAGUUGGGGCCGGUUUUUCCUUGAUGAGUAUAUGUCACUUUUGUUGGACUGAAGGCUGAUCUUGACAUUAAUAACCUGCAUAUACCGUAUGGAUGACAGUGGGAAUCGUGAUAAUUCAAGGCAUAAACCGCCUCAGGGUCAGUGGUUGAUGCAGCAUCAGCCAUCAAUGAAGCAGAUAAUGGCCAUCAUGGCGGAAAGAGAUGCUGCCAUACAAGAGAGGAACCUGGCCCUUUCUGAAAAAAAGGCUGCUUUGGCAGAGCGUGACAUGGCUAUCUUGCAGCGCGAUUCAGCAAUAGCAGAACGAAACAAUGCCAUCAUGGAGCGGGAUAAUGCCAUUGCUACUCUUCAGUAUCGAGAAAGCUCUAUGAGUGGUGGUCAGAUUGUCCGUGGAGUGAAACACAUGCACCAUCCUCAACAACAUGUACAUCAUCAACAACAUAUGGUAGAACCAACAUAUAACCCCAGAGAUGUGCACAUCAAUGAAGCCAUACCAGUUUCACCACCUGCUCCGGAGCCAACAAAGCCCCGUCGGAACAAAAGAGCUAAGGAGCCAAAGGCAGCUCCGUGUCCCAAGAAGGCUCCAAAAGCAUCGAAGAAAGUAAAAAGGGAAACUGAAGAUCUUAACCAAACAACGUUUAGCAAGUCCCAGGAGUGGAAGGGUGCACAAGAAAUGGCGGGUGGGGCAAGCGAUGACCUCAAUAGGCAGUUAGCUGUACCAAAACCCGACUGGAAGGAUCAGGACCUCGGGCUCAACCAAGUUGCUUUUGAUGAAACAACCAUGCCAGUACCAGUUUGUUCCUGCACUGGAGUCUUACGACCUUGCUACAAAUGGGGAAAUGGAGGCUGGCAAUCCUCGUGUUGCACGACCAAUUUGUCAAUGUAUCCACUACCAGCUGUUCCCAACAAACGUCAUGCCAGAAUUGGUGGUCGAAAAAUGAGUGGAAGUGCAUUCACCAAGCUGCUUAGUCGCUUGGCAGCAGAAGGUCACGAUCUAUCAAAUCCAGUUGAUCUCAAGAACCACUGGGCAAAGCAUGGGACAAAUCGCUACAUCACCAUCAAAUAAUGCUUCAAAGUCUUCAAUCUAGGACGGUAUACCUAAACGUCAUUUACAUAUUAUGUUUCCGUUCACCGCAUUCCUUACGCCCCCUAUCUAAGUAUGUCGUAGUCCUGAAGUGUCAGCUAGCUGUUUAAUUGAUCACCUGUAUUCGAAGUUGGGUCAACGAGAGAUAACUGUAAAGAAGCACUGUAUUCCGGACACAGUUCUGUUGCAACAACGUUGAUGUUAGUUUA